AUGUCUGCCGCAUCGAAAGUGCUCGCCAGCGAACCAUCUGAGCUCGAAUUGCAAGUCGCACAAGCUUUGGUCGAUUUGGAAACCAACUCUCCAGAUUUGAAGGCUGACUUGAGACCCCUCCAGUUCAAGUCCAUCAAGGAGAUUGAGGUUUCGGGUAACAAAAAGGCUAUUGUCAUUUUUGUCCCAGUCCCAUUGCUCACCGCUUUCCACAAAGUUCAAAUCACCCUGACCAGAGAAUUGGAAAAGAAGUUCCCUGACAGACACGUUGUGUUCUUGGCCGAGAGAAGAAUCUUGCCAAAGCCAGGAAGAACUUCUAGAGUGACCCAGAAGAGACCAAGAUCCAGAACCUUGACUGCUGUCCACGACAAGAUCUUGGAAGACUUGGUCUUCCCAACCGAGAUCGUUGGAAAGAGAGUCAGAUAUCUUGUUGGUGGUAACAAAAUCGCCAAGGUUCUCUUGGACUCCAAGGACUCCUCUGACAUCGACUACAAGCUGGACACCUUCCAAUCCAUUUACCAGAAGUUGACCGGAAAGCAAGUCACUUUCGAGAUCCCAACCGAGACCUUAUAA